CGUGUGAAGUACAUCAGCUAUUACCUACCUGGCAUUUGAUGAGACACUUACAUACUACAUCAAUAAUGUAAAAGGUAUUUUAAAUAGUAUAUAUAAUUAGAAAGGUAAUUUUCUUUUCAGUUUAAAUCUUCAUUGAGGCCAAGAAGUUUCAAAAUUUGCUAUAACUCAAAAAAAAAUUAUGGCUAACUCACUGCAUAGUCUGAUCAUGUCAGUUAGUCCACAGAAGAGACACAAGUAAUAAUUAGUAGUAAAAAAACAUUAACCUCAUGUUGACAACCAAACAGGUAAGUUGAAACAUUCUACCUUCCCGUUAGGCAUCCUGAGGAAGUUAAUAACAGUUGUUGAUAUCAAAGGGGCUUUGCAGUACAGACGGUUCUGUUAAAAUUUGAUAUAUAUGUCCCUGAAAAGCAUCAUGCUAUAAAAAUCAUGCCCAAAAGAAACAAAAACCCACAGGAUGUACAGGAAACAAAUGAAAUUUGGGGUACAACACUCAAAAAUGUCACCAUGAAGAUUUAAAGAGAUAGGAACCUUUAAAAACAUGACAGUACAAUUUUACUCAUGUCAAAUGGCUAAGAAAUAUGUAAAAACUUACACAGUAUUUACACAGAUAAAUACUGUGCUUUGCUUUUGAAGAGACCUGAAGUUUGCUUAUAAAAAUGAGCAUAGAUGUGGCAGCUUGUUACUGUGAAGUCAUUGAGGAAAGAUUUUCUGAAAUCAGAAGAAAAGUUGUGUACCAGAAGUGAAUGGGUGUGACUGAUUCCAUGAGGACGUAGUGAGCUGAAGUAGCUGGCAGAUGUUUAAGAAAAUGCUUGGACAGAAGAGAUGAGUACUAUUUCCACUAAGGCCUAGAAUUGCCUACUGUACAAAUAGUCCUGAUCAGGCAAUAUACGAAUGGCCCAAGGAAGCCACCAAAUUGAUUUUCAGGUUUUACAUGACCUGCGACAAAAAUUCCCUGAAGUACCUGAAGUUGUUGUAUCCAGGUGCAUGUUACAGAAUAAUAAUAACCUGGAUGCCUGCUGUGCAGUUCUCUCUCAGGAGAGUACAAGGUAUCUUUAUGGUGAAGGAGACUUGAAUUUUUCGGAUGAUUCUGGAAUUUCUGGUCUACGCAAUCACAUGACUUCUCUCAACUUGGACUUGCAGUCACAGAAUGUUUACCACCAUGGAAGAGAAGGAAAUAGAAUGAAUGGAAGUAGGACUCUAACGCACAGCAUUAGUGAUGGACAACUUCAAGGUGGUCAGUCCAAUAAUGAACUAUUUCAGCAGGAGCCACAGACAGCACCAGCUCAAGUUCCUCAAGGCUUCAAUGUUUUUGGAAUGUCCAGUACAUCUGGUGCUUCAAAUUCAGCACCACAUCUUGGAUUUCACUUAGGCAGCAAAGGAACAUCUAACCUUUCUCAACAAACUCCGAGAUUUAAUCCCAUUAUGGUAACUUUAGCCCCAAAUAUCCAGACUGGUCGUAAUACUCCUACAUCUUUGCACAUACAUGGUGUACCUCCACCUGUACUUAACAGUCCACAGGGAAAUUCUAUCUAUAUUAGGCCCUACAUUACAACUCCUAGUGGUACAACUCGACAGACACAACAGCAUUCUGGCUGGGUAUCUCAGUUUAAUCCCAUGAACCCUCAACAAGUUUAUCAACCUUCACAGCCUGGUCCCUGGACUACAUAUCCUGCAUCUGCUCCUCUGCCACAUACCUCAGCCCAGCAGCCCAAUCAGCAAGGCCACCAGACUUCUCAUGUCUACAUGCCCAUCAGUUCACCUACUACCCCACAGCCACCAACAGUUCAUUCAUCUGGUGGCUCACAGUCUUCUGCCCACAGCCAAUAUAACAUUCAGAAUAUUUCAACAGGACCUCGAAAAAACCAGAUUGAAAUCAAACUUGAACCCCCACAAAGAAACAGUUCUUCAAAAUUACGUUCUUCUGGACCUCGAACCUCCAGCAGUUCCUCUUCGGUCAACAGCCAGACCUUAAAUAGAAAUCAGCCCACUGUUUACAUAGCUGCCAGUCCCCCGAAUACUGAUGAGGUAAUGUCCCGUAGUCAACCUAAGGUCUAUAUUUCAGCUAAUGCCACCACAGGAGAUGAGCAGGUCAUGCGGAAUCAGCCCACCCUCUUUAUAUCCACAAACUCUGGAGCAUCUGCUACCGCCAGGAAUAUGUCCGGGCAAGUGAGCAUGGGUCCUGCCUUUAUUCAUCACCACCCUCCCAAAAGUCGAGCAGUAGGCAAUAACUCUGCAACUUCUCCUCGAGUGGUGGUCACUCAGCCCAAUACAAAAUAUACUUUCAAAAUUACAGUUUCUCCCAAUAAACCCCCUGCAGUUUCACCAGGGGUAGUGUCCCCUACCUUUGAACUUACAAAUCUUCUAAACCAUCCUGAUCAUUAUGUAGAAACAGAGAAUAUUCAGCACCUCACGGACCCUACUUUAGCACAUGUGGAUAGAAUAAGUGAAGCACGGAAGUUGAGUAUGGGAUCUGAUGAUGCUGCCUACACACAAGCUCUAUUGGUACAUCAGAAGGCCAGAAUGGAACGACUUCAAAGAGAACUUGAGAUUCAAAAGAAAAAGCUGGAUAAACUAAAAUCUGAGGUCAAUGAAAUGGAAAAUAAUCUAACUCGAAGGCGUCUGAAAAGAUCAAAUUCCAUAUCCCAAAUACCUUCACUUGAAGAAAUGCAGCAGUUGAGAAGUUGUAAUAGACAACUCCAGAUUGACAUUGACUGCUUAACCAAAGAAAUUGAUCUUUUUCAAGCCCGAGGACCACAUUUUAAUCCCAGCGCUAUUCAUAACUUUUAUGACAAUAUUGGAUUUGUAGGUCCUGUGCCACCAAAACCCAAAGAUCAGAGGUCCACCAUCAAAACACCAAAGACUCAAGACACAGAAGAUGAUGAGGGGGCUCAGUGGAAUUGUACUGCCUGUACUUUUUUGAACCAUCCGGCCUUAAUCCGUUGUGAACAGUGUGAGAUGCCCAGGCAUUUCUGAGCCAAGAGGCCCUAUAUCUUCUCUGAAACCACAUCUGAAGUUCAAGAAACUAGUCUGUCAUCAGGGGAAAAGUUUUACUGCUACAUAGGAUUUUGUCAAAUUGAAGGUGUGACAAGAUGAUGUUGUGCUAAUGUUAAAUGUCAGCCCACAGAGCUCAUAAUACCUCAGUCUAAUGUCAUGGGCAGUUGAAAUUCAUCACAUGAAAGGUAAUCUGCUGAAAGACUUGGUUGCCCGCUGCCUAACCAUGUACAGUGUUACCAUUAGCCCAUUAUGGAUAAUUCUCAGUAUAUUAAUGCCUAGGUGUUCCCAGUUCCUUUUCCCCUCAUGUCACUACUGAAUUUUGACAGGAGGAAAGAGUAGAACGAUGGCUUUUUUUUUUUUUUUAAAGCUUUUGGUGAAACACUACAAACAUGAAGAAAAGGAACAAGGUUUAACUAUUUAAAACUGUUUGCUGCCGCAUAGUGCCAACGGAUAGGGGAAGAACUUCACAAAUCUGUGGUACUCUUGGCCUUGUCUUUGUCUUCCCUGAAAACAUCUCCACUCUGUGAAGCCAGCAUCUAGGGUCUAAAGAUGAAAAGGAGAGCAGCAUGCAUUGUCUGUACAAACUUGGAGUGAAAUAUCCCACAGCUUUUCCUACUGUACAGAUCUCUCGAGUCUGCUUUAAGUGAUUUCUUUUCUUCCUUAUUAUUUUCUUAUAUUUCUAUAUGUAUAGUGUAAUAGUCUUUUGUUAACUAAUUCUCUUUUUUUCUUUUAGUGAUUAAGCACGAUCAUGUCCCUUUUUAAGCCUUAUCUGAAAGAAGCAAUGCCUUAAAAUAAAAAAGCAUUAAUGAAAUGAAACUAUGCACAACAUAACUUUCCUCUCCUUACUCUGUACUCUGCCCUCGUGAGUGCCGGUGUUCUGUGAAGACAUGCAGAUGCUGCACAGUGAAUUGCAGAAAAUAUUACAAGACUUACGUCUAUAGGUCACACUAUAUACUGACUUCAGUGGUGGGUGACACAACACAGCGUUUUAUCUUCCACAGGGAAGCUUAAAACAAAAGAUAUUUUUAAGCCACUGACAGCAACAAGGUUAAGCUUGCUUUAUCUGCCUGGUGUCCCACAGAACUUUCACAAGAGAUUACUAUUGGGAAAGUACAGUUUCAAAACCAGCAACAGCAGCAGAACCCACAGCCCUCUUUUUGGAGAGAAGUUUAAAUGCUUUACUGUUGGGGCAGUCCGUUUCUAAACCUGACUUGGUGGCAGUAUCAUGUAUAUUUAUAAAACAAGGCUAGUCAUAUUUAGGACAACUGAAGAAAAGCUGGAAAAAAAGAAAAACAAGCAAACUUGAACACUGAAGCAACCUCAAGCAUCUCUUUAUUUUGAUGAUAUAUUUUUAUAAGGAAAAUAAAUAUUCAGACGAUCAGGAAUGUAUAUAACUAAAUGAAAUCAAGAAAAAGAAAUAACAGUAUGCAUUUAAAACAGAAUUAUGAAAUUAUAUAUCAGUGCUUAGAAUGGGGCUAAGGGAAGUGCUGAAAUGUAGCAAAAGAUAGGAGAUAAAUGUAGACUGUCACCCACUGUAAAUGUUUGCAAAUGAAUAUUUUUUAAACAGGAUUAUUACAGGUGAUUCUAUAUGAAUGUCAGAGCCUUAACUUCCAGGCUUUGCAUCUUGUAUAUGGGAAGAAAUAUGACAAUCCUAGUUAAUUAGACAAUAAACCCAAAGCCCUUAACAUUUGAUGCAUUUUGUUUUAAAAAUAGGCCUUGUUUUUCAGCUUCAUCUGCAGUUCUAUGUGAAGAUUGAUAAAUCAGUUUUUACUUGUUUUAUUAAUAAAACGUAAUUUGGA